UCCCAGUUCCUGUCCGGGUUCCUGAUGGAGCUUUUGGAGAGAGUGGAUUCUGCCCAGAACGUGGUGUACACAUUCCCACACCUCACUAUCCAAGAGUUUGUAGCUGCAGUCGCACAAUUCCUGAUUCCACAUCCCAGGGAUAUCCAGAAAUUCCUCACAGAAACCCACAACACGUCAGUUGGGCGAUUUGAGGUAUUUCUCUGUUUUGUUGCGGGUCUCUCCAACCCAAUGACAGCUCGGGGUCUGGAGGAGUUUCUGGGUCCAUUUCCUCAUCAAACAACCUGUCGGGUGAUUGACUGGGUGAAGGAGGAGGUUAAACGCCAGAUUGGAAACACAGGGAGUGGAACUGGUAAAAGGAGCCUCCUGAACACAUUACACUACCUGUUUGAGUCUCAGACUCGUGGACUGGCUCAGGACACACUGGGAUCUGUGGAAAUACUUUCAUUCAGUGAAAUGCCACUGACCCCAAUUGACUGCGUAGUCUUGUCUCAUGUCAUCGGACUCUGUGAUACAAUCAAACAGCUCGAUUUUUGGAACUGCCGCAUUCACCUUGAAGGAAUACAGCGGCUGGGACCCGGGCUACACAAGUGCCAGGAGUGGAGACUUGGGGGGAAUGACCUGGGAGACUCAGGAGUGAAACUGGUGUCUGUGGCUCUGAGGAACCCAGAGUGUAAAAUACAGAAACUGCGGCUGAACGAUGUUGGCCUCACAGGUUCUGGCGCCGAGGAUCUCGUCUCCACUCUCAGUGCAAACCGUACACUUACAGAGCUGAACCUGAGUUAUAAUAAACUGAAAGAUUCAGGAGUGAAACUGGUGUCUGAGGCUCUUGGAAACCCGGAGUGUAAAAUACAGAAACUGUGGCUGUGGAAAGUUGGUCUCAGGGAUUCUGGUGCGGAGGACCUUGUCUCGGCUCUCAGUACAAACCAAUCACUGACGGAGCUGGACCUGAGAUUAAACUCGCUCACGGACCGAUCUGUCCCUGCUCUCCGUCGCCUCAUACUGACCGUCCCAAGUCUGGCCUAUAUUGAGCUGUGGAGAAAUCACUUCAGUGAGACUGGGGAGAUGGAACUGAAGUCUCUGCAGGAACUCAGACCUGGACUGACAGUGAACCUGUGAACAUCUGAAUGAGUGAACAUCUGCACUCAAGGGAUGGGGAUAUUUUG